AUGCCUAUCUCAAAGAAUAGUAUAUCUGCUCCAUUGGAAGCAGGUACAUCACUGCUUCAACCAAUGCAAUUACCAUCCGAAUUACUCGAAGCUCUUGAUUAUGUAUCAAAACGUCUGGUACGAAAAUGUCUUCACCUAUCAUUAAUUGUCAUCAAGAGAGACAAUCAAAUUCAAAGUCCUGUUAUAUCCAAAUCUGUAACCGCACCUGGUUCUCAUUCUCUCAUUGCAUCACCGACAACACUGCUUUACAAUAACGCACCGCUUACAUCUUACACUCGCGAUGUUUCACCUUCCAGUCGAAGAUCUUCUCCUUUGAGCUCCCGAGCUGCAAGUCCAAGUAACACAAUCUUUUCCAAUUCUCCUUCCGAACGCUCAACUUCUACAUCGGCAUCUACACUCUCCACAUCCACAAUCUAUCUCUCACGCACCAAAUACUCCGGACUUCCCUCAUCCCCAAAAGAUACCAUGGCCCACCACAUCCGCGCAUCCAUUUCCCCCCCUUCAACCCCUUGCACUCCAACCACCGAAUGGACAGCCCCAGACACACCAAACCGCUACGGCAUAACCCUAAUGCAUUCCACCACCCUAAACCCCCGCGCCGAACGCAUCUUACGCACCACCAUAUCCCGAGCCGAGAAAAAAUUCCCCGCUAUCGGCGGAAACUGGUUAUCUACAUCAUCGCUCUCAGAACCCAUAACCGAUUCACCCACUCAAGAUUUAAUCCAUCGUUCUCUUUCUCAAAAUCGACUUGUUUAUACAAGUGCGGGAUUAUCGCUCUAUUCUCUCGAUUACUUGUAUACAUUUAAAUGCGCACUGCAUGUUUAUUCUCGUAGUCUCUCGGUAGAAGAUAUGAAGAUUGCGGUAGAUGAAUUGAGAAGAUUGGUAUUAUUACAAGAUAGGAAGAAAAUCGGAAGAGGGGAGUUGGUGAAAUGUUACGAGUGGUUGGGGAUUUCGCUAAGUGCGCUGUGUGAUGUUGAAGAGGGGUAUAGGAAGUUUUAUGGGGGUGGGUUGAGGGAGGGGGCGAUUUUAAAGGAGGAAGGGAGGUGUGUUGGGAGGAAUUUGUCGGUUAGGACUUCGUUUGUGGGUGCGGAGGAUCUGGUUAAGGUGGGGGAGAGUGCUAAGGGGAGGGAUGGGGAAAGUCCGGUUUGGGGGAGGGGGGAUGAUGGGAUGGGAGAGAAAGAGGAAGAGGAUAGGGGGCCGUUUUUUAGGGGUGAUAGAACCCCGAAUCGAGUGGAGGAUUUUAGUCCGGGGACUAGAGGGGAAUGGGAGUUUUUGAUGAGGGGAGAGAGGAGUUUUACGCUUGUUGAGGUGGAUUGUUAG